GGCGCGGACGAACGCGCUACUUUCCCGCGCGGUGUAAACAAUAUUUUUUUAAUCGUUUUUUUUUUCGGAAUGAAUUUGCAGAGCAAAGCCAAUAAGUUUGUGUGCCCCAACGACAGGCAGUUGUCAUUGCGCGCCAAACUUCGUACGGGAUGGAGCGCGGCGCGAAGCGAGCCUCCACUAACAGCGACAGAACGCGAAGCAAUAGCGGCAGUCGUUCGACGAGCAGAGAAAGUGGACGAAGUCGAGGCGCGACGAGUUGGACGACUGGUCGCACGACUAGAAGGAAUGCGACGAUCAGCGCAAGGCCCAGCGCCUCGAACAUGCCUAGUUUGUGGGGAAACAGCCCGCCUCCUUUCUCCUCUACGGACCUGUUCGAUAUGCCAGCAUUCAGCGUGCCCCAAGUGCGUCAUUGACACUAAUGUCCACAGAUCCCCAAUCCGAUCAAGAGAGCAGUACAUAUGCAACCUCUGCGCAGAAACUCGAGAGAUGUGGAAAAAGUCCGGAGCAUGGUUCUUCAAGUCUCUCCCAAAGUACAUACUCCCUGAAAGGCGGCAGACGGGACAGUAUGCUGAUAGUAAACUCGCAAGGUCGCUUCAACAGGUAAGGAUGAAGGACGGAGGCAACAGUAGCAACGAAGGCAAGACGGACUCCGAACCAGGCUCGCCUUUGAGCGUCCAUGCCCCUGCCUUCUCGCGGCAGCCAAGCAACAGUGAGAGUCGAAAAACGAAUGAAUCGCCUCACGACCCGCAUCAUGACUGGAACGAAACUGACAUCCUGAGUCACGGGGUGAGCGGCCUAAGCCUACAUCGGACGGAUAGCGUGAACCAACGGCCUCUAGCAUCUCUUAAGAGGACAGGGAGCAAAGGAAGUGCCUACAGUCUCCGCAGCGUGCGAAAAGAGAUACCCAAGCCGGAACGACCAACAUCGAUACCGGACGCAGGAUUCGGUACUUUGGAGAUCAAGUUAGCCUAUGAGAAUGCCACGUCGUCCUUAGCGGUUACAGUGCUGAGGGCUAGGGGUCUCAUAGGCAUGGAUAUGACAGGGCUAUCGGACCCUUUCUGCCGACUUGAAGUGUUGCCAAUAGAAGGCACGUAUUCCAAUCGACUCCGAACGAAGACAGUGCAUAAAACGAAAAACCCUGAAUUCAACGAGACCCUCCAUUUCUUCGGCAUCACGGAAUCUGACCUCGCUACCAAGACCUUGGAGAUAUUUCUGUUCGACGACGAUAGAUAUGGUUGUGACGAGAUGGGCUCAGCAACGGUAUCCCUCCGAGAGUGCGCGAAGGCACCCACACAACUACGCUUAGCUCUCUCAGGAUCGACUAGCGGUGAACCUACAGGGCCCAGACUCCUACUGGCUCUCUGUUAUAGCACGAAGAAGAGAGCAUUAGUCGUGACCGUAUGCAGGGCUGCUGAUCUGCCGGCUCAGGACAGUAAUGGAUAUUCGGAUCCUUUUGUGAAGUUACACCUGGACCCUGAUCCAUAUCACAAGAAACACAAAACCUCCAUCAAAUGGCGGAACUUAAAUCCAGUUUGGAACGAAGAGAUCCUCUUUGAAACUCGACCCACCGAGUUAUCCCGACAAAAUCUGACCUUAACAGUUUGGGACAAGGAUUAUGGGAAGCCCAAUGACUUCCUUGGAAGUCUGGUGUUAGGUGCUAGUAGUAAGGGAAGAAGACUGAAGCAUUGGAUGGACUGCAUUAAAUUCCCUGACCAUAGACAUGAACAGUGGCAUUCGUUGACGGAUACGCAACACCUAUAGGCCGUUUGAGAUUGCAGCUGCUACAUGGAAUUUUGACUUAAUUGGGCGAAUCAACUUUUUGACCGACUCAAAUCUGUCCGUAGAUUUUAAACUUCGUUGUAGAAAUUCACUCUCUAAAACUAUUUUAUACAUUUCCCUUGUUAAACCCAAUAAACUGAAACUUUAUUCUUUAUAAGUUCGAUUUCUGGUAACUCUUUUUUUAGAGUAGGUAACGUGAAGUCCGUGAAGGACACCCAAAAGUGUCAGAUAAAAAGUUGCUUCGUCCACAGAGACUUAUAUUUACAACACUAAAUGACAGUGAACAGUGAUCGAAACUUCGUAAAAUAGAAAUGUACAGUCAGGUAUGUCUAAUCUAUACUAUUAGCUUAGCAAGCCAGCAUGUACACACAUUCAGGCCAAGCAAACAGCAUUAAUAGCAUUGCUGACUGUACAAUACAUUAUAAUUAAGUACAAUGCAUAAUUCAACUUGCUUCGUGUGACAUUAUUGGCUUCGAAACUCUAAAAAAACAUUAAGUAGAGUCAAAAUAGAACGCUUUAUGAGAUAGAUAUAUUAUUUACCUAAAAAAAUUCAAAAAAAAACAAAAAAUAGUUCUUUUAUAAGAAUUUAUUUUUAGUUUCUUACAAUUAGAUAAACAUAAUAUAUUAUAUGAUUGCAUGUAAUUACUUAUUUUUAUAUUACGGCAAGCUGUUAUAUUUUUAAGCUUCUAGUACAUAGGUAGAUAUCAUUAGACAUAAUAAUAUAAUUAUGUAAUUUUAAUUAGGCCAAUAUAAUACCUAAGCCCAUAACAUCAAUGUUUGUAGGCGAAUGUUUGAACGCUGUAUCAUUGACAUCAUUGUUGAAAUAAAAGGUUCUUACAUAUUUUUGUAUUUCAAUGUGCCAAAGAAACAUUUUAGAUGAGAAGAUGUAAGCAUAGUUAUAAAAAUUAUAAAAUGUUUGUUAUUGUAUAAAUGAGGAACUGCCUUUAUAUUAUAUACUUAAAUUAUAGUCAUGAAUCAUGAAAUAAAGAUUUCAACUGCAUGUGU